UAACCAAGCUUCUUAAUACAUCUGCAGCUUUCUUCCUGGAUAACUGUAUAUAAAAUUCAGUGAUAUUUUUAAUUUGCUGCAUAUUUCCAUUUUUUUAGAUGUAAACACAGUCUUGUUUAAAUUGAAUUUGAAGAAUUUCAUUCAGUUUUAUAAUUCAAAAAUAUCCAAUUUAUAUAGUUCUCCAUAAUUAUGGAUAUAUCAAAUUUUCUCAACUCUGUGCAAAUUAUUUAUAUUGCCACAUUUUACAUUGGAUCUGUUUUAACAUCUGAAAAUAUUCCUUCACCAAAUAAUGAAAUUUUCAAAUACACCGUAUUUAAUGAAAAAGAAUUAUCGAGAGUAAGAGAAAUUACACGUCUCAAAAAUUUAGAAAUAGAUGAGCCGGAACUUUUUUAUAAUUUAACGCAUCCAAACAAUUUUCCCAAAAACUGCACGAAUUUAAAUGAGAAAAUGAGAAACCUUUAUAAUUCGACUUUUAAUACUCGUAAUCGCAGAAGUGACUUUAACUUUAUCUUCCGACGUACAAGUGAUUUUUACAAUAAAGGCAAUCUAUCUUCUUUUGUAAGAUUUGAAGAUUAUUUUGCACUUAAAUAUUACAGCAUCAAGGGAUACGAUGAAAUUCUAAAAAAAUCGGAUAUAUCUAAACGAAUGAAGAAUGCCCUUUACAGUGUGGCAAUUACUCAAUCCAGUAAUCCAAAUGAGAAAUUUCAUUCAAUAUUAUUUAAAGGAAACAGCGAACGCAAAUCGCAGUAUAGAAAAAGAUUUAAUCAAACAGGGACAAAAUUCAAAUUAUCUAUAUUUAACAAAGUAAAUUUAAUCCAAAAGAAAGCAGAAAUUGAGGCAGAACUUACAAAAAAAGAGUCGAACAAUAAAUUUAAUGACAUGGUGGAAUGUGUCUUUGAAAUAUAUUUUUCAAAACCAUAUUUAAGAGUAAAUCUUGAUGACUAUAAUUAUUGGAAUAAUAUAGAGGAUAAUAGAUAUGAAACCGUUCUACUUCCAAAAACUGAAUUCGUCGUUAACGAAACAAUAUGGAAUAAUGUGAACACGACAAAUGAACGUUUAACAAUUAAAAUAAUACAUAACGAUGAAAAUAUGGAAUUAUUUGACCAACAAAAGAAAGUGAUGAGCGAAUUAAAAGAACUACGAAAAUCAAAAACAAAAUUUUAUGUAUGUUAAAUUACAUUGUUUUUUAUUACACAAUAUUUUUCUUCAAACCAAUUCAUAAAAUUUUGUUGAAAUAAUUUGUGAGCUGAUAAAAAUAUGUAAAUUUUAUUUUCUUAUACAUGCAUGAAUAAUAAAAAUAUUGCAUAUUGAUAUU